CCGACAAUCGCAGCCUUUUUGGAGUGAAACUGCUGUAGACAUCCACCUGCCAUCAAGUCGUGGUCUCGUCUAAUAAAUUAAACUUAUUGGUGGUCUGUCCCAGCCGAGUUUUGGCUUCAGGACGCCAUGCAAAGCCUUGCACUCCAAAACCCGGGCCUCCAAGCGCCUUGCAGGCGGCUGGGGUUACGUCGCAUUGCGCCAGUUCCUGUACGGUUGGCGACGUCAGUAGCAUGGAGCAGCAGUCAGUCGACGGCCAGCAGGCGGCGGUCGUGGGUCGCGGCGGCCGCUGCCACCGGGACAGCAGACGACGCCGCCGCCACCACCAGUACCUCCACCGCCGCCACCUCCGCCGCUACGGAGCCCACCACGGAUGAGGAGCCGGUGGAUGCGGACGCGGCGGCGGAGGCUGAGGCCAAGAAGAGCCAGGCGUACAGCGAGGACAUGCAGAAGAAGAUGGGCACCACACUCACCUACAGGCACGAGGACGGGCUCAACUACAACCGCAUCCUGCCCGACCUCAUUGUGGGCUCCUGCCUGCAGACGGUUGCUGACGUGGACCACCUGUACAACAAAGAGAACGUGCGGACCAUCUUCUGCCUGCAGGAAGACCCGGACAUGGCCUACUUCAGUCUGGACAUCAUCCCCAUCCAGGAGCGCUGCGCGGAGCUGGGUCUGAAGCACGUGCGCUUCCCCAUCCGCGACUUUGACGGCUUCGACCUGCGCCGCAAGCUGCCCAAGGCCGUGGCUCGUCUCGCCCGCGACCACGACCCCACCGCCGGCACCGUCUACAUCCACUGCACCGCAGGCAUGGGCCGCGCCCCCGCCACCGCGCUGGCCUACAUGUUCUGGCUGCGGGACUUCCAGCUGGACGCCGCGUACGAGCUGCUGCGUGGCAAGCGCAUGUGCAGCCCGCGGAUAGAGGCCAUCCGCUCCGCCACUGUGGACCUGCUGGUGGGGUCGGAGCCGGUGCCGGUGACCAUCGCCGUGUUCCGCACCGGCACAGCCACAGACUUCAAGAUCGCGGGCCUGGACGUGGGCUGGCACCAGCAGCUGCCACUGGAGCGCGAGCCCGGCACCGGCCGCAUGGUGCUGAACCGGGUGCUGCAGCCCGGCAAGUACGCGUACAAGUUCGUGGUGGACGGGCACUGGACCUACAGCGCAGACCACCCCACUCUGCAGGACGGCAACAACACCAACAACUACGUGGAGGUCCUGGGCCGCGAGGUGCCUGAGCACCUGCAGCUGGCCCAGCAGCGGCUGCUGCAGCCCGGCGGCGACCUCACCGAGGAGGAGCGCGCCGAGCUGCGCAUGAUGCUGUGCCCCUGGGCCAGCCACGCCGCGCUGUACGGCGAGCCCACGGGCGCCGCCCAGCCCGACAUGGCGGCCAUUGACUUCGACGACAGGCUGCCGUGAGAGGAGGGCGGGAGCGGAGCCGGAGCGGGAGGCAGGGAGGAAGGGGGAGGCGAGGGCGGGGAGGGGGAAGGUGGCGGGGGGCGGGGCGGCUGUGGUGGGUUUGGGGCCCGGGUGCCGUGAUGCGGACUGUGGCGGUGGGCGUGAGUUAAAUGUGGUGUCGUGGUGUCAGGUGGAGACAAGACGGCGUCCGCGUAGGGCCGUGGACCUGCCACUUGUGCCCAGAUGCGGCGCGGCUGUGUCGCGCGCGAUGCGGCGGUGUGGCAGCUGUGUGACGCCGACGUCGCAGUCAAAUAUUGUGCUUGACUCAGCAUGUGUGCCAGGUAGCUCGGCGCUGGCGUCGCAGUUGUAGCAUGGCUCGUUGUGUAUGGCGACACGACAUCGUAUUACGGUAUUCAUGUAGACUGUGCAGACGUAGGCCAGGACGGCAGCCCUAUCUGUGACUCCGAGGACCUUUACGUUAUCUUGUUCAGAAUUGUUUCGGCAGUGCUCCCGGCAUGGAACCACGGCCCACCGGCUGCAUCGCCGAGUGAUUGUUUGUGUGGAAAGUUUGCUCGCGUGCAGUGAUACAGUUGCGGCCUUUGGGCUUAUGUAACCGUGGCGCGGG